CCCCGCCCUGUUCUCGGGGCGCCCCGGACCCUGCGCUGCGCGCCGCGCACCGCCCCCCACGCGGCCGCCGGAGCCAGCCGCCUCCCAGCGCCCGGCCGGGGAAAUGGCUGCGGGGCUCCGCGCCCGGGUGCCGGUGGCGUUUGAGGACGUCACAGUCUAUUUCUCCCCGGAGGAGUGGGCGGCGUUAGCGGAAUGGCAGAGGGACCUGUACUGGGACGUGAUGAAGGAGAAUUACGCGCUGGUGGCCUCGCUGGGCUCUGCAGGCGCCGCAGUGGAGAUCACCUGGAAGGCGGAUGAAGAUGAAGAGCCGAACGUUGGGGCUCCCCAGGGGAAGAGGGGGGGCGGAACCCCCAGCCUGGGCUCCGCCGCCGCCCGGCCGGACGGUUGGGUUGCAGCGAGUCACCGAGCUGGGCCGUGCGCCUGGGAUGGUCAGUUUGUCUGGGCCCCUCGGUUCUCCAGGGUCCUCCUGCACCAGGGACAGGUGUGCGAGACGCAGAGCGACCUGCGGCCGGCGCAGGUGGCGUUCGAGGACGUGGUGGUCCGAUUCUCCCCGGAGGAGUGGGCGGCGUUGGCCGAAUGGCAGAGGGAGCUGUACUGGGCCGUGAUGAGGGAGAAUUUCGAGCUGGUGGCCUCGCUGGGCUCUGCGGCCCCCAAGCCAGAGAGCAGCUGUGACAUGGAGCCAGGGGACGAGCCCCAGCGGGGGCAGGAGAGAGCGAUUCCUGCGGCCCCCAGCAUGGGUGAUGGAGUCUGGGCUGGGGCUGAGGAGAAGCGGUGGGGAGCCCAGAAAUCCCUGGGAGGAGCAGCAGCCGUCCCAGCACCCCAGGGGAAGGCGCCGAAUACCUGCAAAGACUGCGGGCAAAGCUUCUCGGAGCGGGGCCUCCUCAUCGUGCACGUGCUGAGGACCCACCUCCGGGAGCAAAACCUGCCCUGCGGGGAGUGCGGGAAGAUCGUAUCCGGCCGGGGCAGGCUGGCGGCGCACCAGAGGGCCCACCUGCGGGAGCGGACCUUCACCUGCGUGGCCUGCACGCGCACCGUCGUCUACAACAAGCACAUGGUGGACCAGGUGCGCCUGGAGCUGGGCGGAGGGAGGCCCUUCAAAUGCACCAAGUGCAGCGACAGGAUCAUCCUGAUGGUGGAGCCGCCGGCAAAGCGCGAGAGGGGCUCCUUCCCCUGCCCCCACUGCCCUAAGGUCUUCUCCUACGUCUACCUCCUGCAGCGCCACCAGCCGCUGCAUGCCUGGGAGGAGGAGUCCUGCUCCAAGUGCGGCAAGACUCUCCAGCGGCGGAACGCGCUCGGCAAGCCCCGCCGGCGCCGCUUGGGCAAGCAGCCCGCCUCCUGCGCCGAGUGCAUCCGGAAGGAGCGUCGGAAGAGCCCCGCGCCGGAGCAGACAUUCCCCUGCGCGCAGUGCGGGCGGCACUUCACCAAGCGCAGGUCUCUGGCUACCCACCUCCAGGCCCACGCCCGCCCGCUGCUGCACCCCUGCGCCCAGUGCAGCCAGCGCUUCAGCAGCAUGCGGGCGCUGCUGGCGCACCAGCGGGUCCACACGCCGGACAGGCUCUGCCGGCAGUGCGGCCAGGCCUUCGGCUCCAGGGAGGCCUGGGCCGCGCACCGGCUGGAGCACGAGCGGCAGAAGCCGUUCACGUGCACCGAGUGCGGGAAGGGCUUCAGGCGCAAGGACAGGUACACGAUGCACCAGUGGCUGCACGCAGGCCCUGGGCCACUCGCCUGCCCCCAGUGCGACCAGCACUUCCGCCUGCCGCAGCAGCUGGAACGGCACCAGCGCCUCCACCGGGCGCCGAGAGAGGCCAGGCUCAGGACGAACGCACAGGCCUGCCCGGCCGGAGAGCUGAGCCCCACAGCUGGCCCCGCCACCCCUGCCGCGUGCGAUCCUGGGCCAGGCGCCUCGCCGGCCUGGGCCGUGGUGUCCCCACCUGAGAAGUAGGGGGAACGAGGCCACGCCCCGGUGCAAAGGGCACGAGGCCUGGGCAGUGUCUGUGGCACUGUGUGUAGACGUGCAUUAGAGAGUGGGGAGCUCUCGCUGUGCAAGGGCCUCUGGGCAGCCUGCGUGAGUGGGCUCAGACGGCUUCCAUGGCCUGCCCUGGGGGUGACGGGAUGGGUCCCUCGACUGCCUGUUCUGCCCAUCCCCUCUGGGGCACCCGGUGCUGGCCGCUGUCGGAAGCCAGGACCCUGAGCUGGCUGGACCGUUGGUCUGGUCUCCAAUGAGCCCCUGGCGCCCAGCCCUGCCGUGCAGCCCGGGGACGUGGUGGGAGCCCAGAGAGCAGGGCAAUGGUAAUACCAGGCCGUUCCCCCGGGGGCUGGGAGCACGGCCCUCCCUCCACCCUGUUGUAAACCCCCAUGCGACUGACUGAUCUGCAACGACUGAGCUGUGCCAAGCGCUCGCAGAACGGGGCUCUGGGCCAGGCUCCGCAGCCUCUCGCUGGGGAUCGCCAGCCACCAGGCGUCCGGGGCCAUGUGCGGGCAUCAAACCCCUGCCAGGGCGCGGGGAGCAGAACCUGCCUUGGGGGCUGGUGUGGGGAGAAGGGCCAGCAGCAGCAUUGGGGGCGGG